GGCGUUUUAAACUAUGGAAUUUCAAAUUUUAUCGCCGCUUUUUCAGUAUAGCGAUUUAAUAAUGCCUUUUCGAAAAUGAUACACAAUGCAUUCUCGUCGUAAGGCGAUUGUAUUACAGACGAUAGUUAUUUUUCUGGCAGCCUCAAACUCAGCUAGAGUAAAUCAUCUUGACGAUGUACACGGUCCAUGCGUUGUUCGAAGAACGAAGUUACCUCGUCUGGAUCCUGUUGAGGUAUAAAAUUGAGCAACGAAUAAAUAGCAGUGAAAUUUAUAUUCCAGGGUGGAAAUACCCGUACGAUUUAAAUCUAAUUAUACUAAAGUUUGUGAACUUGAUCUAUUUUAUAUCAGGUUGGUUUUGUUCGACAAAUCGGGCUUAUUAAAGAACAGCCACCUUUUACAGUAAAAACACUGAGUGUAAGGCCCCCUAUAUUCGGUAAGUGCACCACAUAUUAUUAGAGUUCGAGUUGAGGACAAAUUUACGACACUUGGAGACGUUGUGAAAUAUUUUUUGCCGUUUUGAUUCUAGAUGAAUUCUUUAAGAUUCGUUAAAUUACGAGCUUUGCGUAGAAAUACGUUUCAGACAGGCCUUUCAUCAGUAAGAUACGAUAUAUUUGACGUGUUUAGAAAUCCCUGCUUUCUUGAGUGAAGCCGAAAUCAACAGAGUUCUUGCAAUGGCCGAGCAUGGGAGACAGGAGAACAGUGAUGUGUUUCACAACUCAAUGGAUAGCCUUCUUACCCAGACUUCUUUCGACCACUGGGAUCUCAACCGAGAUGACUUAAUAAAUAGCGACGAGGUAAAAAAAUCAAUUUGGAACGUUGAUAUAAUCGUGGCUGUGGAUUAACUUGAAAAUACUUCAAUACAAGUAAUUAAGGCAGAAAUGGCUUUCAUUGCUUCAUCUUGCCUUGUGGUUUUAGUUACUUUGCAUUUGAAGUUAGUCCGUGAUUUUUUUCUAUUGAAGGUCAUUGCCGGUAUGCGUUACUUUUGGGAUCUACAUUUCACAACAAAGGAUGUAAAGAAAAUGUAAAAAUGACAUAUUUUCUAUUUUCAUUUCACAUUGUGUUGUUUUCCAACUAAGUUAAAAAAAAUACUAACUGGUCACUUACCGUGGGUCACUUUCGCAGGCUUACGACGUUGAAUAUUAGCAAGGUUAACCCUGGUGAGUCAAAAGAUUCAAAUGAAGCCUGGCUGAACAAACCCUCUUUCUCAGGUUCUCUCUUUCCAUUGGUUCCCUUGUCGUCUCACCUCAAAUAAAAGCGAGGCAAAGGAGAGAGAGAGGAAGACAGAUCCUAAGAAUGAGGUUUGAUUGAACAAUGACCUUCACUUAGUGUAAAAAGGGUAUUUCAUGAGCAAUUUUCUCAAACGAAACGGUUGAAGUUUUUAUCAUCAUGGACGAUUUACUGAGCAUGGUUUACUAAUAAAUUUGUCUUGUACAGUUCUAUAGAGGUUAGAUUGUGUAGAUGGCUCGAGCAAGAUAUUAAUUUUACACAAAAUAUAAAGCUCUCCCCAACCCAGGAUGGAAAGUCACUCUUACUGCCUUUUUUAAUCUGAAAUUUUCUCGAUCAUUUUAAAUGAUGCUUAUUCUAAUCGCAAAGCUUUAAAGUCCUAAUUAUUCAUCUGCAUGCCCUUUACACUCCAGAUAAACAAACUGCAAUACGCGACAUGUUUUAACAUUCGUUAAUUUCUCUUAGGAAGGAUUCAUCGAAGUGAAUUUUUACCAGCCGACAUCAUGAAAUAUGUGAAGCAAGUUGGAAAUCUGGAACCGAAGGUCAAAGGUCGCCAUAGUAACCAAACAUACAUUGAGUUCGCUGAAGAUGACCAAAUCUCGACAACACUUAAUAAGAAGUAGGCACAGAAACAUCAGAUCAACACCAGUUCAAUACCGGUUGAUGAAAUGAUCCUAACGAUAUCAAGAAGUAACUUUCAGCUUGAUAUUUUUAAUCUUCUCUUUUUCAGAAAGGCAGCUCUCACGGGUCUUCCAGUUGAAAUAAUAAAAGGCAGUGAAACUCCUGUGGUAGGAACGAUUUUGCUAUAAGAAUUUUUAUGUUUUAGAGCGAUGAGUGUGUCAAACCGAAAGUCCAAGAUGAGUAAUGAUGAUGAUAAUGAAAUUUUAACUUCAGCUGUACGCCCUUAGGACCAGCGGGAAGGAGAGCCUGGUGUUAAGUGCAAGACAAAAUUUAAAACAUAGAAAUUCAUUGAUCUUUAUUGCAGGCUGUACGAUAUGGCCCGGGAGGUCAUUAUCACUGCCAUUAUGACUCUCACCCACUACAUGCCGAGGCUACGUGUUGUCAUCGAAGAUCAUUGGAUAAAUGUCGUAUCUGCAGGUCAGUCGGUCAGUGGUGAUUCUGUUUUGAUCUCCAGCCGUUUCUUGCCUUUUAUCUUUCACAAGCUCUCAGACGUUUUUCUUAACCGUAAGUCUAGCAUUACCUUAUUCCCCCGCUUUCCUCACUUUCUCAAUAGCUCUUUCACAAGGAUAAUCAUAACCUUGACGUGUAGGAAACAGCAAUAAUGCCUUUCAUUAACGAUCCGUUUAUUCCUUGACCAGGUUCAUAACAAUUCUCUACUUUCUCAACGAUGUGGCGGAAGGAGGGCAAACCGCUUUUCCAAUCGCCGAUAGUAACACAUUCAACCAACAGGUUCGCAUGAUAACCUAAUAUGUGAUUGACUGAAAAAAUAGUUAAUUCUUCCUUAGCUUUUCAUCGUAAAUUAUGAGCGCAAAAUGUAACUUUUUCGUUGCGGCCGGAUCUCCAAAAGGGGAAGUCGUCAUUCUCUCGAAAACGAGUACAAUAAUCUCUUACUUGUAAAUCUAUCUUAUCAAUUUUAAGCUUGAAUUCUUUCUGUAGGAAAAGAUUGAUUUACUUCCAUUGUUAUGGUCAAGUCAACAAAUUUGGUGAAAUUGUCAAUCUAAAUGCUUGGGAUCGUUGAUACUCUUAACAGACGGCAAAAACUGCGGCAGAGAACUCCCUGUUUUGUUGGCCAGGAAGAACAUGGCUUUUUUAAUUGUCCAUUUCCCUUAUUCUUCGAACAGACAUGGAUGAGGAAAUCAAACUACCUUUCCAAUCUGAGCGCGUACUGCUCAAAAGCUAACCUAAGGGUGACACCAAAACGAGGUUCUGCGAUCAUGUGGUAUAAUCACGUGAUUAAUAAAACAUCCGGCUGGAUUUCAAGCCUCGACCUCAGGUCAUACCACGGAGGAUGCGACGUCAUAAGGGGCCAUAAGUGGAUUGUAAAUAAUUGGAUAAAUAUCAUUGGUGGAAACUGGGACGAUUUUCGGACUUGGAAUGACAAGAAUUCGAAAAUAAAAUGAGGGAAGAAAGAGUUUGUCAGGUACAGAGCUUUGCCUAAGAAGGGCAGAGUCGUAGAAAUUAGACUGGAGGUAGAUUUUCAUUUCUUUGUCUGCACUUGUGAUGGAGCGCUGAUAACUCAAUACUAAAACCUGAUAUAACAAUGA